CGCCCUUCAAUCAUACGAGGAACAGACGGGUACCCAAGACGGCAGGGCUGCGCGUGUGCCUUACCAGGUCCUGGCAGCACCAUCCGGCUGGGGGUGAGGACGCUGGCCGCCUGUUUUAGGAACGCUGGAUGUUUUGAUUUCGAUUUUGUCUUCGUUAUCUCAACUGGAUAUACAUGCCCGCGCGAUUAAGAGCGAAACGACAGCACGCCGGUGAACGAGCACCGUAUCGAUGGGGAAAAUAAGUUGAUAGGCUUCGGAAGAAUGUUUUCCUCGUUCCAGGAAAAGGGAUUGCUCAGUUGAUCAGCGUGAUGGGUGUAUCGAGAAUACAGAGGCUUCGGGGAAUUUGACUUUUGGAGAGGAUCUGGAGGUAUCCUUCUACAGCAGCAGGGGUUUUAUUUCGAGCGCGACAAAAAGCGGCAACGGAGCGCCAUACUGCAAAGAAAGCUUCCCGGAUCGAUACCGCGUAGCAAUCCGAUGCGUAGAGUUUGUUACACUGGUCAUUUUUGAUUGAAUUUGAUUGAAUAAAUCCAGUUUCAUGUUAAGCAAGUAAGCUGGCGAGCAAGAAUCAAGUCGGCAACAGUGGCCUGAUUAAGAUUCGCGUAACUUCUGCAAACUGCAUGCAGCCCUGGCGGUGGAAACGGGGCUGGAUCGACCCAAAAUGGCAAAUAUGAAGACAUUUAAAAGAUGAAUGUUGCAUCUCCUACGUAACCUGUGCUAUUCACCAGUUUCCCUUUCCGUGCAAAAGAGAGGGAAAUAAGCGCAAGUUUCGAGCAAAGCAAGGUGCUCCCUUAUAUCUCCACCAUGAGGGAGAUUUGAGGCCGUGUAGAAAUUAUUUAUUAUGGGGGGAGCGGGUUUUUUAUCAGUCGCAUUUUGAUUUAAUCAUUUUCUUUUUACUUUUUUUGUUUUCCCUCUGCGAUAGAUUUAUUGGUGAUUUAUUUGCUGGCGUAAAACGCUUUUUUUAAUUCAAAUAGAAAUAUUCUCGGAAGUAGGUCAGAUCAAAGAAAGAUAAGGCUGGUUGAUCUUUUGUCACGUUAGUAUGACACCUUUCCAUACUUAUCCUGAUAUACGCCGGACAUUUAUGUUUUGAUUUCACUCACCGUUUGGCUAAAUGGCAGCCAAAUGAGAGUUUGACCAUCGCCGCUUUUCCUGACAGCCUCCUUGUCCAUCUCGCCGCCGUCUGAUCUUGUUUGAAGUCCCAUAUUUUGCUUCUCGUCCAUCUUUGUUUUUGUUAUCCCGUCAUUUUUGGGGCUGUUGAGUGAGUGAAUGGCUCUGUGCGGAACCACGGCUUCCAAUGCCGCGAAAAUGAUGGCUGCAUACAACGGCGGCACCUCGGCAGUGGCAGCGCAUCACCCGCACCAUCACCAGCAGCUACCCCAUCUCCCGCCACCCGCCCACCUCCAUCACCAUCAUCACCCGGGCCAGCAUCACCUCCAACACCCCGGUUCGGCCGCCGCCGUGCACCCCGUACAGCAGCACGCUUCCACGGCUGCGGCCGCUGCUGCUGCCGCCGCGGCGGCGGUGAUGCUGAACCCGAGCCAGCAGCAGCCGUACUUCCCCUCGCCCGCUCCCGGUCAAGCUCCGGGCCCGGCGGCCGCUGCAGCCCCAGCGCAAGUUCAAGCCGCCGCCGCAGCCGCUGUGAAGGCGCACCACCAUCAUCAUCAUCAUCAACACUCGCAUCACUUACAACCGCAGCUGGAUAUUGAACCGGACAGACCUAUCGGAUACGGAGCUUUCGGUGUUGUUUGGUCGGUGACGGACCCCAGAGACGGCAAACGGGUGGCCCUCAAAAAGAUGCCCAACGUCUUCCAAAACCUCGUCUCCUGCAAGAGGGUUUUCCGCGAGUUGAAGAUGCUCUGUUUCUUCAAACACGAUAAUGUGCUGUCAGCUCUGGAUAUUCUUCAACCUCCACACAUCGACUACUUCGAGGAAAUUUAUGUGGUGACGGAGCUGAUGCAGAGUGACCUUCAUAAGAUCAUCGUGUCUCCACAGCCCCUGAGCUCUGACCACGUCAAAGUCUUUCUCUACCAGAUCCUGCGAGGACUGAAGUAUUUACACUCAGCUGGCAUUUUGCACAGAGACAUCAAACCUGGUAACCUUCUGGUCAACAGCAACUGCGUACUUAAGAUUUGUGACUUUGGCCUGGCGAGAGUGGAGGAGCUGGACGAGUCACGUCACAUGACCCAGGAGGUGGUGACACAAUACUACAGAGCGCCAGAGAUCCUGAUGGGAAGCAGACAUUAUUCCAAUGCCAUCGACAUCUGGUCUGUGGGCUGCAUUUUUGCUGAGCUGCUUGGCCGACGCAUCUUAUUUCAAGCUCAGAGUCCCAUUCAACAGCUGGACCUGAUCACAGAUCUGCUGGGGACUCCGUCUUUGGAGGCCAUGAGGACGGCGUGUGAAGGGGCCAGAGCUCACAUCCUGAGAGGUCCUCACAAACAGCCUUCACUUCCUGUCCUGUAUACACUGUCCAGUCAAGCAACCCAUGAGGCCGUUCACCUCCUCUGUAGGAUGUUGGUUUUUGACCCAUCAAAGCGAAUCUCUGCGAAGGACGCGCUGGCACACCCGUACCUGGACGAGGGACGUCUGCGCUACCACACCUGCAUGUGCAAAUGUUGCUACACCACAUCAUCUGGGCGCGUCUACACCAAUGACUUCGAACCCGUCACCAACCCCAAGUUUGACGACGGCUUUGAGAAAAACCUGACGUCAGUACGGCAAGUCAAAGAGAUCAUUCAUCAGUUCAUCCUGGAGCAGCAGAAGGGGAAUCGGGUGCCGCUCUGUAUCAACCCCCAGUCAGCUGCCUUCAAAAGCUUUAUCAGCUCGACAGUAGCUCAACCAUCUGAGAUGCCUCCGUCUCCUCUAGUAUGGGAGUAGCUGAGGACGUUGGUGAUACCAGUGGUGGUGGACAUCCCUCCCGCGGCACCGGCCCGCGCCCACCCCUCACGCCCCCUGGACUACUGACCCCCAGGCAUCCCCAAACUAUGUAGCAUUUCACUGGAGUCUAGGAUUAGCCAUGUUGCUGAUAUGUGUGUGUACUGUAAUACUAUAAAAUGGAGUUUUAUAGAAGCAACCACUGCUGAGUUCAAGCGGGACACGGGAAGGGUUGGUGUGGUCAUGGGGGUUGGUUUGCAUGGUAUGGAAAAGCAUACCCACUACUCUGUAGUUAAACGCCGAAGGUUCGCGACGCAGCCUCGGCCGACGAAGUUGACCCCCUGUGGACUUGAAUGUAUUUUGGACACCAGGGCGGCGAUCUCUGCACGGUAUCCCUGAAGGAAAACUCUCAUGGAGUCGAUCCGCGUAGUCCCGCUUUAUUUAUUCACGGAAGCCGAGUGCGGCGCUUCACGUGAUACGGAAGGCAACCUCUAUCUCUCUCAUUCAUGCUUGCAUCUCAACUACGAACUGUGUGACCACUUGGGCUCAUCGCAUUUAUUUCCUUCAGCUGUAGUGUGUAGUGUUUAUUUCACUUUUUGUUUCUUUCUCUAUCCAUUUAUUCGGUUCGUUUCUAUCUCACCGUCUCUCUCAUCCACCUUUCACCAGUAAAGGUCAGUGUUAGCGCAACACUUUGCAGAGAUGCUAUAGUAGUACUUCUAAAUGUGGAUACGUCAGUAUUUAGUGUUUUUGGGCAACAGAACGGCACAGCAUUUUUUAGCAUCAAGGAUCCAAAGCUUGCAAGAUUGGCAAAAUGUACCACUGGCUGUUCUUCCACAGAGAUGGUUUGUCUAUAGCAUAAAGGUGCCAUGGGUGCAUGCACCUCAAUACGAGAGGUCAUGUAUGACCCAUAGGUGGUUCCUACGUGCACCGAAAAGAGCAUGCAGAGGAGGCGACAAACGCGUGUAACAGCAUAGAUAUGGGGACGUCUGUUUGUUUGAUGACUUAAUCCUGUACCCUUGCUUUCCCCGCUGGAGUACCUAGAAACUGGGUCCAAAAUUAACACGAGUGCAUUUUAGAUUGAAUUGUGAUGAUAAUACAAUGCAGCCUGCUGCCGCUGUAUGAAGAUAUUUUUGUUUUAAUGGCUUGAUGUACAAAUUGAGCACCAGUCGGGUGCAUCUUUAUUUACUGUGAGAGGUGUCGCUGUGACAAUAAAUAAUGUCUUUGUUACAGGACAUCAAAAGCAAAGCAAGAUAUAUUAUAAUAAAAUAAUGUCUAAUACAGUUUUAUGGUCAGUAAGAAGAAAUAUUUCUGAUGCAAAUUCGCUAUUAAUAGGAGUGAGCGUUAAUUUCGGACCCUGCCUAGAACGCGCAGCAUGCAGAUGAUUGAUACCAAAUGUACAAAAAAUAGUCAAUUAAAAAAGCCAAAAUUUCUCAAGGAUAAAAGAUAAUAGGUUGACUCGGUCGUGAUCAACCGAACCAUUCCAUAAAAACAAUGGUAUGUUACCAAUCCUUAAUGAUAACACCAUUGUGUGAGUGCAUGUAUGGACCCUGUGCAUGUUUUUAACUGACCCACAAUGUUUGUGUCAGUUCAGUGUCUUCUUGAAACCCCUCAAAGUCCUUUUUUGCUGAAGAAAUCUUGGCGGUCUGAAAAAGGUUUCUUUGAUCAUGUGUUUGUGGGUCACGAAAGCACUUGGGAGCAGUUUCACUGUAACAUGCAUAUAUUUCCCAUAAUGCAUUCUGCACUCGAAUCAAAAAGUGAAGAUAUUUAAUAUAUUUUUAGAUAAUUAUUAUUUUUAUUUCUUUCUCAAUGUGCUUUGGCAUGCUUUCCCAUGAUCCACCGAAUACGAUAUGUAAAUAAGUAGCGGGUAGAUUUUGACAGAAGCAAAAAAUCGCCAAACAAAAACUUUACAAAAACAACGUAAUACUGCUGUAAAGAAGUUGAUUUAGCCUGCACAUUUUUAGGGCUGUGAAAUUUGAUUUUAUUUUUGAGACUUGCAUAUAAUUGUACAUAUUUUUUCCUCUUCUUGUUUUUCCCCUGCACUAGAGAGUGUAGACAACGAAAUAAUCCAGAUCAGUAUAUAAGUACAAAAACAUAACCAAUUAUGUUAAUUGUGUCUUACUGUAUGUACUGCAGAACUGUGGAUACGAGUAUUGAAGUAGAGCCCUUUUUUAAUUAUUGUUAAUUAUGAUGAUGAUUAUUAUUAAUUAUUAUUAAUUAUUAUUAUUAUUAAUUUCCUUUAAAGAAACACUGAACUGUCUGUGUAUAUGUAUAUAAUGGAUUCACAUUGUUGGUCUCUACCUCUUGAGCUUAAUGACUUGGUUGUUUACCUCCACAGUUUUAUUUCUAUGUGGAGAUUUAAAACUUGAAUGUCCCUUCCGACUUUUAUAUUCCUAUCGAACCCUAUAUACAGUAAAAAUCAAAGUCAUUCAAAUUUCAAUUGGUUGGAGGUGGUUCCCAUCAUCAUAUUCUUGUACAAAUUACCAUGUUCAACUUCUCACCCCAGUGUUCUUCAACUGUUAGAUCACAAAGCAUACUUGUCCUGCGAGACAACCCACAAUGAUGAACAUGGUGUACUUCACCAAGAGAGACACCGGUUGAGAUUUUAAAAUCGAAGCAAACAAGCUUGGUUAGGCAAAACCGGAAAGGUACUACACCUGCUGUUGAGUUUUUAUAAAAAGUUUAUAUCCAGAUUUAAUGGUAUUUGAAUACGCUUUACAACACACACAACUAUAAUAUAAAGUUUGAGUUCGAUGAUCUGAAAGUGAAGCUUUAUUUGAUUUAUGUGAACCGAAACACUCUGUGGCUGUUCUGUUAUGUUUAUUUUUAUUUUUUUGGAAAAAUCACCGGUCUCUUUUCAGAGUGUAGAUUUGAAGUACAUUGGUGACACUCAUUAAAUGUUGACAUUUAAAGAAA